AUGAUCAUCAGCAAGGAAAACAUAACUGGAGCAAAUUUGUAUGUAAACCAAAUGAAAAUUGACUAUGUCUCACGAUAUAACUACUUGGGAACUAUAAUCAAUGAGUCGUGGGACGAUACCCAACAGAUUAAAUGUCGCAUCGGAAAAACAAAAAGUGCAUUCUUGAUUAUAAGAUUUGUGUUCAAGAGCCAUGACCUUACUAUAGAAACCAAAAUAAGGCUCCUUAAAUGUUACGUGUACUCAGUGUUUCUAUACGGAGUAGAAACGUGAAUAUUAAUGGCGUCAACUGUAUCAAAACUUCAGGUUUUUAAGCUAUGGUUAUACAGAAGGAUCCUGAAGAUACCAUAGACAGACAAAGUCACCAAUAAAGAGGUACUGUGGAGGAUGAACAUAACCGCGGAUUUGGUCAACAUCGUGAAGGGCUGUAAACUGCAGUACUUGGGACAUAUAUUGUGAAAUCAAGGCAGAUACGAGCUACUUUAAUGCAUUUUGCAAGGUAAAAUUGAAGGAAAAAGGGCCCCAGUACAAAGAAGAAUAUCCUGGCUUGCUAACCUGGGAGCAUGGUAUAGAAAGAAUUCAACACAGCUUUUCUGUAUAGCAACCAACAAAGUCAUCAUAGCCAGAAUGAUCGCCAACGUUCGGAACUGACAGGCACCCUAA